AACGCGGAAGUAGGAUUGGAGACGAAUUUGUUUGGAUUUUGAACAUUCAUUGUGCUGACUAAAGAAAUACCAACUGACUCAGUUGAAUUUGCAACGCAAAACUAAUUUGACAAAAAAUGUCUAAACUAGAGUUCUUGCGUGUGUUUUUGAAUGAGCGUUUAACGGCUGCUGCUGUGGAGAUUUUCGGGGCAGUUGAGAAAACGGUAGUGGGGUACCAGGAGGAGAAUGAUCGGCUACGGAGACAGCUGUGUAUCACACCGAAGAUAACAUGUAUAGACUCCCUGCAGCUCUCUCCCAUAGCUUCUGAAGAGGAGGUUCCCCCUGAGCAGCAGCACUGUGAGCAGGAGUGGAGCCCUAGUCUGGGGCAGGAGGACCUAGAGCACACAGAGAUUAAAGAGGAACAGGAGGAACUCGGCACCAGUCAGGAGGAAGAGCAGCUUCAGAGGCUGGAGGCUGAUAUCAUAGAGUUUAAAUUCACUCCUUUCUGUGUGAAAAGUGAAUGGGAUCAGGAAGACCCACUUUGGUCCUUGACUCUUCCCCAAACCCAGACUGUGGAGAACAGAGACAGUGACUCUAAAACAGUGGAUUCUAAACCUUUUGGCACUGUGACCCACCUAAAGGGUCUCGACAAUCCCAGUGACCCUCCAUAUAAUCAAAACAAUGACUCCAGCCAUUGCUCAGUUGUAAGCCGCAACCCAGUAGGACUUGACAGCAGCCCACCAUUGGGGGAACACUGUUUCAAACCCAUCACCAUGUCUAGAAAAACUCACAGCUUCUGUGACUGUGCUGAAACGUUUGCUCUGAAAGCUGACCUACAGAGGCAUGUUACUCUCCCCAAGAAGAGACCCAGUGAAUGCUGCUUCUACAAAAAAGACUAUAACUCCACCUGUAAACUGAAGGCACAUGUCCAACUCUGUCAUGGUGGGAAACCCUGCACCUGUCCUGUUUGUGGCAAGACCUUCAAAGUGAAAGGAGAUCUGUCCAAGCACAUGAUGAUUCACACAGAAGAGAAACCAUUUAGCUGUAGCUGUGAUGACUCUGGGAAGAGCUUCAAUCUCAAGGAACACUUAACCAUAGAUAUACUGACUGGCGCAGGAAAGAAACCAUUUAGCUGUGGUGUCUGUGGAAAAGGCUUUAGUCAGAAGGGUUCCCUUAAGAAGCAUAUAUUUACUCACACAGGAGAGAAACGAUUUACCUGUAGUGACUGUGGGAAAGGCUUCCAUCAGAAGUGGACCCUAUCUGAACAUAUACGUAUUCACACAGGAGAGAAACCGUUUAGCUGUGGUGACUGUGGGAAAAGCUUCAAUUUGAAGGGGAACCUAAGGAAGCAUAAACUGACUCACACAGGAGAUAAACCAUUCAGCUGUGGUGACUGUGGGAAAAGUUUCAAUUUGAAGGGGAACCUAAGGAAGCAUAAACUCACUCACACAGGAGAGAAACCAUUUAGCUGUUGUGACUGUGGGAAAAGCUUCAAUCUCAAGCAACACCUAAACAUGCAUAAAUUGACUCACACAGGAGAGAAACCAUUUAGCUGUGGUGACUGUGGGAGAAGCUUCACUCAAAAGUCUAGCCUGCUGACACAUGUGAAAACCCACCACAAAGGAAUUAAAUUGGAUGAAAAUUGAUAGAAGCAAUUAAAUUAUGACAAAUAGAUAUUAUGUAAGAAGAAGGAAACAAAAGGGUAGGAUGUGGACACUCUUAGGCGGGGAAAAAACAGAAGAAAACAACUCUGGAUAUUUCAUAUUCAUAUAGAUGUGUGACUAAUUUACUUUUGUAAAUAAAGUUUGAUUUUAUUUGAAUGAUGAGGUAAUGAUAGAACAGAACAGAGUAUUUUAGGAAACACACAGAUCUGCUGUUCAAAGUCUGUUGAUGUUUUCACGGCAUUAGAAACAGGAAUUCCUCUUAGUUUGUUUUGGAAUUUCUCUAAGGGUGAUGAGAAAAUGGUCUGACUGAUGUUAUUUGUACUUAAAAAAAAGUACUUUCCAGAAAAUGCUUAAGACUGUUUCACAUCCAUAUUGACCUAAUGCUGCUUAUCUAUAUUAUAAUAUAAGCCUUCUAAGCUGCGGGAGAGUCUACAAUUUUGGGCAGAUUUUCUUCAUUUUAGGUUAAAAAGCAGAGUGUCGUCCUCUUACACAUGGCUGUACACUUGAUAUGUCGCUGUGUUUUGUAUAUUAUACAUUUUUUUUGUGUUUGGAAUGGCAAUUUUGCCAGGGGAAAUCGUGCUGUCAUAAUGCAUUUGAUGUAAGCAAUUGUAGGCCCAUUUUGAAUCUGUAGAAUGACUCCAUUACCCAUAAUGCUCAUUGACUGGAUUUUUACAAAAUUACCAUGGCAAUUAUGGGUCACAAUAGUAAUAUACAUUUUUGCAACAUGCAGCAAUCCAUGAUAUUGAAGGUACAGUAACACUUUACUUGACACCCAGCGUCAUAACACAUUAUGACAUGGUCAUAACUGCUUUAUGGCUGGUUAUGACACCUACAGUGCAUUCGGAAAGUAGUCAGACCCCUUGACUUUUUCUACAUUUUGUUACGUUACAGCCUUAUUCUAAAAUGGUUUAAAUAGUUUUUUUCCCUCAU